AUGACGAUGACCAUCGUUGCCGCGUUUCUUGUAUCGCUCCCGGUGCUGUAUCGUCUCGUCUCCUCUUCGCCAGCGCCGGCGACAAGAAGACGAGCAGAAAGGUCCUCCCUCCCGGCUCCUUUGGCCUACCCGUCGUCGGACAUACGCUUAGCCUGCUUCGCGCCCUUCGCGUCAACACCGCCGAGGACUGGCUCCGCCGCCCUCGUCGGGUCCUACGCCAACAAGUUCGUCUUCACCAGCCCCGCGCUGACCACCAUGAACAGCGAGGCCUUCAGCCGCAUGGUCGGCCGGCGGACGGUCCGCGACGUGGUCGGCGGUGAGCACGCCCGCGUCAGGGCCAUGAUGGUGCAGUUCCUCAGGCUGGACGCCGUCAAGAGGCAGGUCGCCGGCAUGGACGCCGAGGUCGCCGGCAUGGAGCUGUCGGCGGAGUUCCAGCAGCUGGUGCAGGGCAUCUGGGCGGUCCCGCUCAACCUGCCCUUUACCAGGAGGGCCAAGCUGGAGCGCGGGGAGAGCUCGCCGGCCGACGAUAUCAUCACCCACAUGCUCUCCAAGGGCCUCCCCGACAAGGAAACGAAAAACGUCAUGUUCCUCUUGGUCGCCGAACACAACACGACGGCAGCCCUCAUCACCUUCCUCCUCCGGCAUCUCGACACCAAAAAAGACGCCUACGCCAAAGUUCUCCAAGAGCAAGAGGAGAUCGCGCGGUGCAAGGCGUCCGGGGAGGCUCUGUCGUGGGACGACCUCUGCCGGAUGAGGUACACCUGGGCGGCGGCGAUGGAGACGCUGCGGAUGGUGCCGCCGGCGUUCAGCAUGCUGAGGAAGGCGCUCCAGGACGUCGAGUACGGCGGCUACGUCAUCCCCAAAGGGUGGCAGGUGAUGUACGCCACCAACAUGACGCACUGGAGCCCGGCCAUCUUCCCGGACCCCGGCCGGUUCGACCCGGCGCGGUUCGAGGACCCGUCGGCCAUACCGCCCUACGGCUUCGUGCCGUUAGGCGGCGGCGCCCGCAUCUGCCCCGGGAACGAGUUCGCCAUGGUGGAGACGCUGGUGGCCGUGCACCACAUCGUGACGCGCUUCAGGUGGAAGCUCGCCGCCGGCUGCGACGGCAGCUUCUCCAGGUCGCCCAUGCCGUACCCGUCUCAGGGCCUCCUCAUCGACAUCGAGCCUAUCCAUCAAGGAAACACCUCCCGGUGA